UGUUCUUCAGCAGGGGGAGGUGCUUAACAGCUGGACCUGCUGUAUAUCUGACCAGGCAGCAGUUAGCAGAGUUGUUGGGAUGUCUCAAACCAGCUGAGACCAACCUCUAAGCAGCGCUGACUUUCACACCCCGACACUUCAGGGACGGAGUUCGAAAGCCCAGAGGCUCUGACCAUAAAAGAUCAAGCACCUUUGUUCUUUAUUCUGGAUUUUGGAACGACCGGAAGGAUCUGAAGCUGAGUCAAAAACUAAAAGCCCUCUAGGCCAAGAUGCUUUCCAACAGUCGGGACCCGGAGGUAAAGCAAAAUGGCUGCACAGAAGUCCACGGACCUGUGGCUGGCAUAUUCCUGGAGAAAUCAAAGGAAAAGAUGACGAUAUAUCAAGCAAUGAAAAAACGUUUGCUCAAGCCAGGGACUGCGUUAGCCCUGCUUGAAGCACAAGCUUCCACAGUAGGCAUCGUGGAUCCGAUAAACAACAGAAUACUUCCCGUUGCAGAAGCUGUUAAAGAGGGAGUAGUUGGACCAGAAAUGAAAGAGAAACUUCUCACAGCAGAGAAAGCCAUCAGUGGGUAUGUAGACCCCUACACCAAUCAAAUAAUAUCUGUAUUUCAGGCUAUACAGAAAGAUUUGGUCCCAAGAGAUUAUGGAUUGAGGCUGCUGGAAGCACAGAUAGCCACACGAGGCCUGUUUGAUCCUGUCGAAAAGACGAAUCUGUCAGUUGACUCUGCAAUUCAGAAAGGUCACUAUGAGAAAGAUUUGCUCAAUGACCAGAUGUCAGAGCUCAAAGUGUUUUACGAUCCAAGCUCACGAGAAAAUCUGAGCUACCAACGCCUUGUAGAGAACUGCACCGUGGAGCCGGACACAGGCCUGCUGCUCCUUCCUGUCUGCAUCACUUUCAAAGGUCUGCGAAGAGGCAUUUCCUCCACCGAACUCCUCGCAUCAAAGAUCAUUGACGAACAGACAUACGAUGAUCUACAGAAGGGGAAGACCACAACGCAGGACGUAAUGCUGAUGGAAACAGUGAAAGAAUACCUGGAAGGGAAAGGUAGCAUCGCAGGUAUUGCCAUACUGUCAUCCAAUAAGAGAAUGAGCAUUUAUCAAGCCAUGAAGCAAGGCAUACUGAUGCCUGGAACAGCACUGGUUCUACUGGAGGCACAAGCUGCUACUGGGUUCAUGAUUGAUCCAGUGGAAAAUAAAAGGUUCACUGUGGAUGAAGCUCUCAAGAACAAGCUUGUCGGCCCUGAAUACCAUGCCAAGCUGCGUUCUGCUGAGCGAGCAGUUACUGGGUACAAAGACCCAUAUUCAGGUGAAACUAUUUCCCUGUUUCAAGCACUGUCUAAAGACCUCAUUGUUAAGGAACAUGGGAUCCGCCUUCUUGAAGCACAAAUCGCUACAGGUGGAAUAAUAGACCCAGUCAACAGUCACAGACUUCCCACAGAAGUGGCCUUCAAGAGAGGUUACUUCAAUGAAGAGAUGAACGCCAUACUAAACAAUUCAGGCGAUGACACAAAAGGGUUUUUUGACCCAAACACAGAAGACAAUCUAACCUAUCUGGAGUUGAUGGAGAGGUGUGUCACUGAUCCUGUGACUGGACUGUGCCUCCUUCCUCUCAUUGAUAAGUCAGAUGGGCGGAAUUUCAGCUUCAUUGAUUACCUAACAAAGAAGGCUUUUCUAGAGGAGAAGGUGAAGGUGAUGUAUGGAAAGUACACUGGAUUGACAGUUUCUCUGUGGGAACUUCUGAUGUCAGAAUACUUUGACGAAAACCAGAGGAAAGACAUCUUUCAAAAAUACAGAGAAGGGAAGCUCAGUAUCAAGAUUAUCAUUACAACAGUUCUAGAAGUGAUAGAAAAGUCUGUGAAAACAACUGAAGUUGUCUUUGAGGGUAUUAGGGAAACGGUUACAGCCAAACAACUUGUGGAGGCAGAUAUCAUUAGUGAGAAGGUUCUGGAGGACCUGAAAAAGGGAAAAACCUCUGUGAAGGAAGUGGUAGAAGAUGAAAAUGUAAAUGUGUACUUAAAGGGGAAGGGCAGCAUUGCAGGCAUUCUGCUUCCUGAUUCUCGAAUCAUGACCAUCUACCAGGCUAAACAGAAAGGAAAGCUGAUGCCAGGAACUGCUCUGAUUCUACUGGAGGCGCAGGCCGCAACAGGAUUCAUCAUUGAUCCUAUUGGAAACAGAAAGUUUUCAGUGGAUGAUGCUGUUAAAGCAAAGAUCGUCGGGCCAGACAUCUGUCAAAAGCUGCGUUCAGCAGAGAAAGCAGUCACCGGAUACAAAGAUCCAUAUGAUGGCACAACAAUCUCUUUGUUCCAAGCAAUGCAAAAAGACCUCAUCCUAAAGGAUCAUGGAAUUCGGCUCUUGGAAGCACAAAUUGCCACCGGUGGAAUCAUCGACCCAGUGAACAGCCACCGCAUUCCUGUCCAUGUGGCCUAUAAGAGGGGCUACUUUAAUGAAGAAAUGAAUCAAAUCCUGGAUGAUCCAAGUGAUGACACCAAAGGAUUCUUUGAUCCCAACUCCCUUGAAAACUUGACAUACUUACAGCUCAUGGAGAGAUGUGUGACAGACCCCAGUACAGGUCUAUGCCUCCUGCCUCUUAAAAGCAAGAGCAGCAAAAUCAACAUAGAUGAUAAUAUGAGGGAAACAUUCAAAACAACAACAGUUACUGUCAAGUAUGGCAGGUUCAAGGGCAAGCACACAACACUGUGGGACCUUAUCAAUUCAGAGUACCUGUCUGAGGACAAACGACAGGAGUUUUUCAAACUCUUCAAGUCAAGGAAAAUCACAAUUGAGCAACUAAUUGUCACCAUUUUAGAGAUUGUUGAGAGCAAGGAGAUAAAACAGCAAGCAGGGCUGAACUUUGAAGGCCUCAGAGGAGAAAUCUCUGUUGUGGAUCUUUUGGAUCUUGGAAUUGUGGAUGAAACAUACAAUAGUUUAGUCGAUGGAAAGGUGACAAGCACUGAUGUGAUGAAAAUCGACAGUGUGAGAACUUACCUACAAGGGACAAGCUGUGUAGCUGGAUUGAUAUUACAACCCUCCAAUCAGAAACUCAGUAUCUAUGAGGCACAAAGAACUGGCAUUCUUACACCUGGCACUGCUCUUUGCCUCCUUGAAGCACAAGCGGCUACAGGGUUUGUUGUUGACCCUGUGAGUAACAAAAAACUCACAGUAGAAAAAGCUCUCAGAGAAAAGGUCAUUGGUCCGCAGAUGUAUGAGAAGCUUCUGUCUGCAGAGAGGGCUGUCACUGGUUACACGGAUCCAUACACUGGUCAAAAGAUCUCACUUUUCCAAGCAUUGACAAAGGAUCUUAUUGUCAAGCAACAUGGCAUCCGUCUACUUGAGGCCCAGAUUGCAACUGGUGGUAUCAUUGAUCCCUUGAAGUGCCUUCACUUACCCCUUGAGGUUGCAUACAGGAAAGGAUAUUUUGAUGCAGAACUUAAUCAGAUCCUGACAGACCCAACUGAUGACACAAAGGGCUUUUUUGACCCAAAGACAAAAGAGAAUCUGACCUACAUGGAGAUGUUGGACAGAUGUGUGAAAGAUAAAGAAACUGGACUGUGUCUCCUGCCACUGAAUGACAAACCAAAAGCUUCAGCAACAAAGGAAAAGACCUACACUGACAAGGAAAUAAAGCAAGAGUUUGAAAAAACAACUUUGAGCAUGUCUGUAGGGUGCUAUUCAGGAAAAUCUGUUUCUUUGUGGGACUUGAUCCAGUCUCGGUACUUCACUGAUGAUCAGCGGCUUGACUUCAUUGAAAAAUACAGAACUAGGCAGAUUACCACACAAAAUAUAAUCACAAAAGUGAUUUCCACGAUUGAAAAACUCGAGAGUGAAACCCCCAAGAUGACAAUGGGCCUGAGAAAGCACGUUUCUGCACAACAACUACUGGAUUCGGAUAUCAUUGAUGCAGAAACAUUCAAGCAGGUGAAAGAUGGAAAACUCACCUUUGAAACAGUAACUGAAGGUGAGCCUGUGAGUGGAUACCUGAAAGGAACCAGAAGCAUUGCUGGAAUUAAGGUUCAUCCAUCCCAGAAAGUAAUGAGCAUUUAUGAAGCAAAAAAGGAAGAUCUGUUGACACCUGGCAUUGCACUUGUACUGCUGGAAGCACAGGCUGCAACAGGAUGGGUCAUGGAUCCUCUCAAGAACAAAUUCUAUGCUGUUGAUGACGCUGCAAAAGAGAAUGUAAUUGGACCAGACGUACACGAGCAACUUCUCUUAGCUGAACGAGCUGUCACUGGCUAUAAAGAUCCAUACACAGACGCAACAAUAUCACUGUUUGAAGCCAUGAAUGAACAGCUGAUUCAAAGGCGUGAUGGACUUCGACUUCUUGAUGCACAAAUGGCAACUGGAGGUAUCACUGAUCCAAAUCAGAGCCACAGGCUACCUGUUCAUGCUGCUAUUAAAAAGGGAUAUCUGGAUGAAGAAGUUCACAAACUCCUGUUGAACCCCACUGAUGAGGCAAAGGGAUUCUUUGACCCAAACACCAAAGAAAACCUUUCCUACCUUCAGUUGAUGAAUCGAUGCGAGAAAGACCCUAAAACUGGGCUUCUUCUUCUACCACUGCAUACAGAGGAAUCUCAUGUAUUUCACACAGAUGAGCAAGUAGAGCUUGCACUGAAGAACAAAACUAUCACCAUGAAUGCAGGAAAAUUUAAAAACAAAGACAUUACAGUGUGGGAAGUGCUGCUUUCUGAAUAUAUAUCAGAACAAAAAAGGGAGCAGCUCAUACAACAGUACAGGACAGGAGCCAUGACAAUAGAUGAGAUCAUUGAAAUACUGAUGGUCAUCGUUACAGAGGUGUCAUCCAAAGAAAGAAAGUUCAAAGGGCUAAGAAAGCAGGUCUCAGCCAGUGAAUUGUUUGAGUCAAAGAUUAUCUCAAAGGAACUUUUCACCCAAAUUAUACAAGGGGAAGUGACUGAGGAAAAUGUUGGGAAAAUGGAAACAAUUCAGAAAUACCUUGGAGCUACAAAUUGUAUAGCAGGUGUCAGAGUUGAAUCUACAAAGAAGGUAAUGAGCAUCUAUGAAGCCAAAAGCAGAGGUCUGCUGACUCCUGGUACCUCUCUGGUUCUGCUGGAAGCUCAAGCUGCCACCGGCUUUGUCAUUGACCCGGUUAACAACAAGAAACUUUCCGUUGAAGAAGCUGUGGCUCAACGUGUGGUUGGCAGUGAGUGGAAAAACAAGCUGCUUUCAGCAGAAAGAGCAGUUACAGGGUACAAGGAUCCCUACACUGGAAACACAAUCUCUUUGUUCCAGGCCUUGCAGAAGGAUCUCAUUGUCAAAGAUCAUGGAAUUCGUCUCCUUGAAGCCCAGAUUGCCACAGGAGGCAUCAUUGACCCAGUUCACAGUCACAGAGUCCCCGUACAGGUGGCAUACCAGAGAGGCUACUUUGAUGAAGAAAUGAACAAAAUUUUAUCUGAUGCUGAUGAUGACACCAAGGGCUUCUUUGACCCCAACACUCAGGAGAACCUCACGUAUCUCCAGUUGGUGGAGAGAUGUAUCACAGAUCCCAUCACAGGCCUCAGUUUGCUGGUCAUCGUGAAGAAAGGCGAGUUUUAUUUCUUUGUUGACGAGGCGACAAAACUGAUUCUCAAAUCGACAACAACAACCAGAGCAGGAGGGAAAUACCAAGGAACAACGGUGUCUCUGUGGGAUCUGCUCUACUCCAAAUACAUCACUGAGGAGAAGAGACGAGAACUUGUCCAGCAGUACAAGGCUGGAACAAUCACAGUCGAAAGAUUUUUGGAGAUCAUCCUGACCAUCAUUCAACAGAAGACCAUAACAACUUCAUCUUCCUCAAUCGUCACAUGCCCACCUCCUGUAGUAACAGUGGACAGCAACUCAACUAAAACUACCAUCACGACAACAACAAUCACAGAUACCAGUCAAGUGGAAAACUUCCAUGGAAUCAGAAAAGAUGUCACUGCUACUGAGCUGCUGGAAUCAAAAAUCAUUGAUGAGAGUCUCUACAAAGAACUUACAGCUGGAAAAGUCACAGUGACAGAAGUGAGUGAAAUGGACUCAGUGCGCAAGUACCUUGAAGGAACCAACAGCAUCGCAGGAGUGUACCUCCAGUCCACCAAAGAGACUCUGAGUAUCUAUGAAGCCAAAAGCAGAAGCCUGCUGACUCCUGGUACCUCUCUGGUUCUGUUGGAAGCUCAAGCUGCCACCGGCUUUGUCAUUGACCCGGUUAACAGCAAGAAACUUUCCGUUGAAGAAGCUGUGGCUCAACGUGUGGUUGGUAGUGAGUGGAAAAACAAGCUGCUUUCAGCAGAAAGAGCAGUUACAGGGUACAAGGAUCCCUACACUGGAAACACAAUCUCUUUGUUCCAGGCCUUGCAGAAGGACCUCAUUGUCAAAGAUCAUGGAAUUCGUCUCCUUGAAGCCCAGAUUGCCACAGGAGGCAUCAUUGACCCAGUUCACAGUCACAGAGUCCCCGUACAGGUGGCAUAUCAGAGAGGCUACUUUGAUGAAGAAAUGAACAAAAUUUUAUCUGAUGCUGAUGAUGACACCAAGGGCUUCUUUGACCCCAACACUCAGGAGAACCUCACGUAUCUCCAGUUGGUGGAGAGAUGUAUCACAGAUCCCAUCACAGGCCUCAGUUUGCUGGUCAUCGUGAAGAAAGGCGAGUUUUAUUUCUUUGUUGACGAGGCGACAAAAAUGAUUCUCAAAUCGACUACAACGACCAGAGCAGGAGGGAAAUACCAAGGAACAACGGUGUCUCUGUGGGAUCUGCUCUACUCCAAAUACAUCACUGAGGAGAAGAGACGAGAACUUGUCCAGCAGUACAAGGCUGGAACAAUCACAGUCGAAAGAUUUUUGGAGAUCAUCCUGACCAUCAUUCAACAGAAGACCAUAACAACUUCAUCUUCCUCAAUCGUCACAUGCCCACCUCCUGUAGUAACAGUGGACAGCAACUCAACUAAAACUACCAUCACUACAACAACAAUCACAGAUACCAGUCAAGUGGAAAACUUCCAUGGAAUCAGAAAAGAUGUCACUGCUACUGAGCUGCUGGAAUCAAAAAUCAUUGAUGAGAGUCUCUACAAAGAACUUACAGCUGGAAAAGUCACAGUGACAGAAGUGAGUGAAAUGGACUCAGUGCGCAAGUACCUUGAAGGAACCAACAGCAUCGCAGGAGUGUACCUCCAGUCCACCAAAGAGACUCUGAGUAUCUAUGAAGCCAAAAGCAGAAGCCUGCUGACUCCUGGUACCUCUCUGGUUCUGUUGGAAGCUCAAGCUGCCACCGGCUUUGUCAUUGACCCGGUUAACAGCAAGAAACUUUCCGUUGAAGAAGCUGUGGCUCAACGUGUGGUUGGCAGUGAGUGGAAAAACAAGCUGCUUUCAGCAGAAAGAGCAGUUACAGGAUACAAGGAUCCCUACACUGGAAACACAAUCUCUUUGUUCCAGGCCUUGCAGAAGGAUCUCAUUGUCAAAGAUCAUGGAAUUCGUCUCCUUGAAGCCCAGAUUGCCACAGGAGGCAUCAUUGACCCAGUUCACAGUCACAGAGUCCCCGUACAGGUGGCAUACCAGAGAGGCUACUUUGAUGAAGAAAUGAACAAAAUUUUAUCUGAUGCUGAUGAUGACACCAAGGGCUUCUUUGACCCCAACACUCAGGAGAACCUCACGUAUCUCCAGUUGGUGGAGAGAUGUAUCACAGAUCCCAUCACAGGCCUCAGUUUGCUGGUCAUCGUGAAGAAAGGCGAGUUUUAUUUCUUUGUUGACGAGGCGACAAAACUGAUUCUCAAAUCGACUACAACAACCAGAGCAGGAGGGAAAUACCAAGGAACAACGGUGUCUCUGUGGGAUCUGCUCUACUCCAAAUACAUCACUGAGGAGAAGAGACGAGAACUUGUCCAGCAGUACAAGGCUGGAACAAUCACAGUCGAAAGAUUUUUGGAGAUCAUCCUGACCAUCAUUCAACAGAAGACCAUAACAACUUCAUCUUCCGCCAUCGUCACAUGCCCACCUCCUGUAGUAACAGUGGACAGCAACUCAACUAAAACUACCAUCACGACAACAACAAUCACAGAGACCAGUCAGGUGGAAAACUUCCAUGGAAUCAGAAAAGAUGUCACUGCUACUGAGCUGCUGGAAUCAAAAAUCAUUGAUGAGAGUCUCUACAAAGAACUUACAGCUGGAAAAGUCACAGUGACAGAAGUGAGUGAAAUGGACUCAGUGCGCAAGUACCUUGAAGGAACCAACAGCAUCGCAGGAGUGUACCUCCAGUCCACCAAAGAGACUCUGAGUAUCUAUGAAGCCAAAAGCAGAAGCCUGCUGACUCCUGGUACCUCUCUGGUUCUGUUGGAAGCUCAAGCUGCCACCGGCUUUGUCAUUGACCCGGUUAACAACAAGAAACUUUCCGUUGAAGAAGCUGUGGCUCAACGUGUAGUUGGCAGUGAGUGGAAAAACAAGCUGCUUUCAGCAGAAAGAGCAGUUACAGGGUACAAGGAUCCCUACACUGGAAACACAAUCUCUUUGUUCCAGGCCUUGCAGAAGGAUCUCAUUGUCAAAGAUCAUGGAAUUCGUCUCCUUGAAGCCCAGAUUGCCACAGGAGGCAUCAUUGACCCAGUUCACAGUCACAGAGUCCCCGUACAGGUGGCAUACCAGAGAGGCUACUUUGAUGAAGAAAUGAACAAAAUUUUAUCUGAUGCUGAUGAUGACACCAAGGGCUUCUUUGACCCCAACACUCAGGAGAACCUCACGUAUCUCCAGUUGGUGGAGAGAUGUAUCACAGAUCCCAUCACAGGCCUCAGCUUACUCCCGUUGCACAAGUGAAGUUUCUUUUACUGUAAUUAUCUCGAUUUUACAGUUUGCUCUUUUUCUGUCUUAGUUACAGAAAGUUUUUCUAAGUUACUGAAGAAAUCUGGAGAGACAAAUUCAAAUUGUCAGCUUUUUAUCGCUGCACAGUGAGCAACAAAUGAAUUAUUUCAAACUUUCUAUGCAAAUACAUGCCAAAAUAUGGAUAUUUGCUUAACAUUUAAAGCCAGAAUGCAUAUAAAUUAUUGCAGUGAAACACCAAACUGACUUGCAGCCAUUUUUCACACCCAAAUGAAUGUGCUGCACUAAAUUACACUUUAAUGCUUCUCGUCCUACCUGUUUGAGAUGCUAAUUGCCUGCUGUGAAGAACACCUAAAAUAUAUGUAACAUGGCGCUCUCAGUCUGUUUGUUCUUAUCUUAUUCUGAUCUUCUUUGAGUACACUGUUUGUAUGUUAUACUUGUUUUUCCUGGUUCAAUGUUAUUUCAUGUUAUUGUAGAAUCUGGAUUUGGUUGUUUUUACAGUGCAAUUGUAACUGGAUUGGCUUCAGCUAAAUCUCCUCUCUUUUAGAGGUCGGACAGAUAAAGGUUUUAUUUUUGGGAUAAAGACUUUUCUUACUGAAAUCUGUUGUUUCAUAACUAAGUCAAAUAUGAAUGUAAUUUUCUUGGGCAUGGUUGACUGUUGCUGGAACAGUCGAGUUCUUUUUUCUAAUAAAAGGGUGAGAAGAAUA